GCCGCAGAUAGGGGCUGCAAACGCACGCGGCGUUUAUGCAGGUGAGAAAGGGACGCUUGGAUUGAGAAUUGCGGGACACUAUGAAGAUUCUCUCGUAGGAAUUUCACAAUAUCUACAUCGGAAUUACAAUUGUGCGUGUUUGUUUCAUUCUUGUUAUUCCCGCGUGGUGAGAGGUUUUGUGCUGGGGAGUUUAUUUAGUAUUUAUUCCUGUCCCCAUUGCCUGUAACUGUGUGAACUAUAAAACACAGACUGCUUGUUAUAAGUGAGUGGAGGUAAAUGAAUCAGAGCGCUCGGAUUCUGCUUGGAUAAGCAUCUGGACACACAAUCACUGCUUCUCUACUGCUUCAAGGUAAGAGGACGAGACCCUCCGUAAAGUAGGCUACUGUAUCACCACAACUUGGGAAUCUGUGUGGGCAUUCCAUUGCCACUACUCCGUAUUGGACAUAUCUUCGGACGGGGAAAUUAGGAUUUUGAUCAUUUACAUCAUUUCUGUAUCAAUCUUCGGAAGAUUUUUUUGUAACUGAAAAGACUUGGACUGAUUUCAAAUUUCAAUUAAAUAAGAUAGCGUUUCUCUUUACGCGCAUAAAAUAUUCGGAUUCCUAAUGAAUUCAUGGCAUAUGAUAUGACCGGACUGAACGGACUGUUUCGAUUGUGUUUUGCACAGUUUUUAUUGAAAGAAGGAAAGACACAUUAAUUCGGUGGAAAAGGGGGAGAGGAGAGCCCGUCCACUUGCUCUUAUUCAGUGCAGUCGAAGCGGUGUGGGAAGACGUCCGGAGGAUGAAGUCUCACACCUCCUGAAAUGGAGGACUACAAAUAAUCCGAGAACGAAAAUUAUUGUUUUCCAAACAGUAUACCAACAAGUAAACGACAUCCUCAUUUGAUUCAAGGCUUUAAAAUCCAUUCAUUACAUUGCGGGGAACAAUGAGGACUACUGGCGCAGUGGACUAUUUAUGCUACAGUAUACUCAUCCUGCAGCUGCUGAAUCAGCCUGCUGCUAAGCAAGUGCUCCGAUAUCGCUUGGCUGAGGAGGGACCCGCGGAUGUCAGGGUAGGGAACGUAGCCGUGGACCUCGGAAUCGUUGCCGGGUCUGGCGAGGUGACAUUUACCCUCGAGUCCGGAUCUGAUUUUUUCAAAAUAGAUAAUAUAACAGGCGAGCUGACCACCAAUGAACGGCGGAUAGACCGUGAAAAAUUACAGCAGUGUCAAAUGAUAUUUGAUGAAAACGAGUGUUUCAUAGAUUUUGAAGUGUCAGUAAUUGGACCGGCGCAGAGCUGGGUUGACCUGUUUGAGGGGAAAGUCAUUAUUUUAGAUAUAAAUGAUAACACCCCGUCUUUCCCAUCUCCCGUGCUGACCCUAUCGGUGGAGGAGAACAGGCCGAUUGGCACUCUCUAUCUCCUACCCACGGCCACCGACAGAGAUUUCGGUAGGAACGGAAUUGAGAGAUAUGAGCUUAUUCAAGACAGCGGGGAGAGCUCCAGGCGCCUGGGCUCCAGCUCAGGUGGUCGCGGGGCUGACAGGAGAUUCGACGAGGGGGCAGGCAGGAGCAGCGUCUUUGAACUGCAAGUUGCUGACACAACCGACGGGGAGAAGCAGCCGCAGCUCAUCAUUAAAGGGGCACUGGACAGGGAGCAGAGGGACUCGUAUGAGCUCACCCUGCGUGUUAGGGAUGGGGGCGACCCCCCACGCUCUUCCCAGGCCAUCCUGAGGGUGAUGAUCACUGAUGUGAAUGACAACAGCCCCCGCUUUGAGAAGGCUGUGUAUGAGGCUGACCUGCCGGAGAACAGCUCCCCUGGUGCCCCCAUCCUGCAGCUGAAAGCAGCUGACGCAGACGUUGGGGUGAACGGUCAGAUUGAGUACGUAUUCGGCGCAGCCACAGAGUCAGUGCGUAGGCUGCUGAGGCUGGACGAGAGCUCUGGGUGGCUGAGCGUGCUCCAUCGUAUUGACCGCGAGGAGGUGAGCCAACUGCGCUUCACUGUGAUGGCGAGGGACCGAGGCCAGCCGCCCAAAAUGGACAAGGCCACCGUGGUUCUCAACAUCAAGGAUGAGAACGACAAUGUGCCAGCUAUCGAGAUUCGUAAGAUCGGACGCAUCUUCCUGAAGGAUGGAGUGGCCAACGUGGCUGAGGAUGUAGUGGUGGACACGCCUAUAGCUUUGGUCCAGGUGUCAGACCGCGACCAGGGGGAGAACGGCAUCGUGACCUGCACCGUGGUGGGUGACGUGCCCUUCCAGCUCAAACCGGCCAGUGAGAUUGAGGGUGAGAUGAAUAAGAAGAAAUACUUCCUCCAUACAUCAGCGCCGCUGGACUACGAGGCCACACAGGAGUACAACGUGGUCAUCGUGGCGGUGGACUCAGGAAGCCCUAGCCUGGCCAGUAAUAACUCGCUCAUCGUAAAGGUGGGCGACUUCAACGACAACCCACCCAUCUUUAGCCAGAACGUGGUGGAGGUGUCCUUUCCAGAAAACAAUGCCCCCGGCGAGAGGGUGACCACUGUACAGGCCAUAGAUGCUGAUAGUGGCAAGAACGCGGAAAUCGCCUACUCCCUCGACUCCUCUGUGAAUGGGAUAUUCUCCAUUAAUGCCGACAACGGUGACAUCAGAGUAAACACCAUUCUGGACAGAGAACAAACAGAGAGGUACCAGUUCAAAGUGAUAGCUAAAGAUAAGGGCAUGCCCAUACUCCAGGGGUCAGCCACUGUGGUAGUCUUAGUGGCUGAUAAGAAUGACAAUGAGCCUAAAUUCAUGCAGGAUGUGUUCACCUUCUACGUCAAAGAGAACCUUACACCCAACAGCCCUGUUGGCAUGGUGACCGUCAUUGACGCCGACAAAGGCCAGAACGCAGAAAUGAGCCUCUUCAUCGAGGAAGAGGAGGAGAUCUUCUCCAUUGAGAACGACACAGGAACCAUUUUCUCCACCAUGUCGUUUGACCGCGAGCAGAAAACCACCUACACGUUCCGGGUCAAGGCUGUGGACAGCGGAGACCCACCCAGAUCAGCCACUGCCACCGUGUCACUCUUCGUGAUGGACGAGAACGACAACCCGCCAACCGUUACCUUCCCCAUCAAUAGCUCAUACACCCUCCUGCCUCCCUCCAGCAACGUUAGGACUGUAGUACGAACUGUCAUGGCCACCGAUACCGACACAGGGAUCAACGCUGACCUAAACUACAGUAUCAUUGGGGGCAACCCUUUCAAACUGUUUGAGAUCGACGGGGGAAGUGGGGUCAUCUCACUGGUGGGGAAGCUGGAGCAGAAACACUAUGGCCUCCACAGACUGGUGGUCCAGGUGAACGACAGUGGCCAGCCCUCGCAGAGCACCACCACCAUGGUGCACGUCUAUGUCAACGAGACCCUCUCCAACUCCACCAUCGUUGAGGCCCAGGUGGCUAAGAGCCUGGGCACUCCGCUCAAUACCAACAUUGCCGGUGACCCCAACUACGACCUGGGCAAGCAGCGACUGAGCAUUGUCAUCGGUGUGGUGUCUGGCAUCAUGACGGUAAUCCUCAUCAUCCUCAUCGUGGUCAUGGCUCGCUACUGCCGCCCCAAGAACAAGAAUGGCUACGAGGCGGGCAAGAAGGACCACGAGGACUUCUUCACCCCUCAGCAGCAUGACAAGGGCAAGAAGCCCAAGAAGAACAAGAAGAACAAACAGCCGUUGUACAGCAGCAUUGUCACCGUCGAGGCCUCCAAGCCCAACGGCCAGCGCUACGACGGCGUCAACGAGAAGCUGUCCGACAGCCCCGGGAUGGGCAGGUACCGCUCCGUUAACGGAGGGCCCGGAAGCCCGGAUUUGGCCCGGCACUACAAGUCCAGCUCGCCACUGCCCACGGUCCAGCUCCACCCCCAGUCGCCCACGGCCGGGAAAAAGCAUCAGGCUGUUCAGGACCUGCCCCCUGCCAACACCUUCGUUGGCACCGGAGAUAACAUUUCCCUUGGAUCUGACCACUGCUCCGAGUACAGCAGUCAAACCAUCAACAAGUACAACAAACAGCCGUUCCGCCGAGUGACCUUCUCGGUGGUGAGCCAACCCCAGGACCCACACCAGCAGGGAUCGCUGCAGAGCUGCUACGACAGCGGGCUGGAGGAGUCGGAGACGCCCAGCAGCAAGAGCUCUUCGGGGGGCCCCAGGCUGGGUGCGCUGCCCCUGCCUGAGGACAGCUACGAGAGGACCACGCCGGAUGGCAGUGUCGGUGAGGCUGAGCAUAUGGAAAAUGACACCCGGACCUUGCCUGACGUAGCCAUGACAGGCAAGUGCACCCGGGAAUGCGACGAGUACGGCCACUCGGACUCCUGCUGGAUGCCUGUGCGCACGUCGCCCGAGCGACGGCCCAAGACGACCACCACCCAACAACCAAAGCUUUCCACCUUCAUGACCAGUGGCGGCAGCGGCAGCAACCCUCCCGAGCAGCAACAACAGCAGCAUCCUGGCAGCCAGGAAGCCCUGGUCGCCAUGGCCAACGGAGACCCCUCCUCUCACGUGAUGCUGGGCAACGACCGCAACCGCAACUUGCUCAAUAAGAAGAUGGCCUCCUCCUCGUCCUCCUACGAAGCUUUCGGCUCGCCCAGCUUCAGCCCGCCGGGGGUCGAGGAGGGGGUGGUGGUGGGUCACCCCAUCGAGGAGAUCCCCCUGGCCCCCACCGGGGAAUACAAACCCUCAUCCUGUGGCACGCUCACCCGCCGGGAGGUCUACCUGUGAGGGGGGCGGUGGAGCUAGCGCCACGGUACGCAUGGUUCUAACAACAAACAACAACAACUAUAGUAGGCAACCACGACGACAACAACUGAAGACACUUUUUACUGUACCAGACCGACCUUAAAACUGAGCAGGAAAGGUCCAAGGAUAACCCUUCUCCAAGACAACAACAAACUUCAAAAACAACAACGUGAAACAAUGCUAAAAUCAACGUGGGAUACAAAAAUAAUCCCUUUUUGCAAUUCAGAUUCUGACCUUAUCUUGCAAGAGGAAGAGGAGGAUGGGGCUACUGGUGGGACUUGAAGCGAGACAUUGGAUAACUGCUGCCGGCCGGCGAGUCGGGCCAAUGGGAACAUUACUGCUGCCUGAUGAUCACCACUGUACAAUUACCUACUCAUUUCCAUAAAACAUGCAUGCAUUAUCUCUCCCUGACCCCACCUCCCAAAGACUGUACUGUACAAAAAGAGGACCCCCCAUCAUUUUCUAGAACUUGAGUGUGACAAUGAAACGUGUGCCAGAGGACCGAUGUCAUGCCUUUUGGGGACUUAGUGGCACAUCCACCCUGAUGCAAAUGUCAUAUACAUUCAAUAAUGUGUCACGUAACACAUGUCACGUGUCAUGACC